AUGGUCACACCAACGCCGCAAGAACUUGGUUUUGAUGCCAGCUCGGAGAGCCAGAUGGAAGGCGACGAGCUGUGGGUCGUCUUCCUGCAAACGACGAAGAACGAAGUGGAGAGGAUGCUGCGGAGCAGUGGGAGCGCUAUGGGAAUGAACAUAGCCUAUAGCUCCGUUUUUGCUGCUGUGGUGGCAGCAUUCGCCGUGCCACGCUACACGAACCUUUCCUCGCAUUCCAGUCGCAUGGACACUGCCAUUACCGCGCUCUGGAUCCUCGCCAUCGUGUAUUCCCUGCUUUCGGCCCUACUUGGGAUGAUGGUGCUGGACUGGCUUGCGAAAGCCCAAGGCUCUGACGUUCUGCCCAAACUUCAGACCAUCGAGCGCUACGCCCAAAGAAAGUUAACCGUCUAUAGCGUCCUCAAGCGCUACCGGCUGGAUUGUAUCGGAUCGCUGAUACUUGGCUUCAUGCACUUAGCAGUGUGCCUAUUCUUCCUGGGCCUGUGUUUCGAUCUGUAUCCGCGGAACAGAUUCGUAUUCGUCAUCGUCGCGGCACACGCUGGAACGGCCUCCGUGGUCUAUCUUAUUAGCAGUGCCAUACCACUGCUCUACUCACAGUGGCCUUACUCGUCUCCCUUGACCUACGUUCUACGCGUGUUCUUCUGGGGCUUCUUGACGCUCGUAGCAUGCAUCCUGCUAUCGUGCAUAUUCAUCGUGCUUGCCGUGAGCAAAUGGAUUAGAGAGAGAUCCAUUCGCAUCCGAGACCUCGAUCCUCGCCUGCUCACAGGCUAUCUGGAUGACCCGGCGAACUCCGCUCGGGUGCUUAAAGCCAUCAUCGUCGGCAUUGUGCGCGGACGCUCUAGCAAGGAAAUAAAGAGAGACAUCGACGACGUACUUGCCCCGGCGCGCGGCACCAGAUUCAUAUCCGGCCAUAGGCUACAGUUUCUUCUUGAUCGCUUGAGGGCGGUGCUAUUGAAGACCCCCGCGAAUCUGCGCUAUGCUGCCCGCUGUCUGCUCAAUCUAGAGCUUGAAGGGGUUUGCGACUUCUUCAUCCAUAUGCGAAGCGACAGGAAGAGCAUGAAAAGUGUCGCCAAGGCUUGCGCACCUGACGUUGAGUCCAUCCGUGCUGCAGAAGGCAUUAUACGCUUGUUGCAGAUGAUCAUAUCGGCGGAGAAUGUACCAGACAGUCUCAUUCAAGCACGUACCAACCAGGCGGCCAGAUGGAGGUACAUGUCACCCAUCGUCUCCUCAUUUCCACUACUGGCGGCCCGAGUUGGAGAACUCAGUCAACAGGCACUCAAACAAAACGACGUGUCUCUGCAUGUAGCAGUUGCAAGUUUACGCUGGACGCUUAUUGUGGCAAUGAGUCGUGUUGAGACUCUGCCCAAUACGCCGCCCUCAAACGCCAUGGCCUGCAUCCGUGCUCUCCUCAACGCACUUGAUGAUGCUGAGGGUCUGCGACUGGAACGGUUGACCUCCAGUGACCAUAACAUGCAGGAGCUCCUCCACCCUGGCUCACCUGAUCCUCGGGUGGAGAUAGCUUCGCGUAACGCCUUCACACUCUUGCUCGCCAUUCGCCAAUGCAGGUGGAAGUCCAAUAUUUGGCACAAGCCCGAUGCGCACUAUAUUCCCAAGGAUUGGCCAGGAAUGUGGGACUGGAGCAAAUUCCUGCCAGAGACGGAUGGCACGAAUGCACCAUCAACUACUCUGACCGAAUUCUUGAAGCGCGAUAGACUUGGGGAACUGUUAUCGGAGGGAUCGGAAACAUCUGCUGCUGGACUUCCGCGACUCGAUCCAGUCGCCCUCAUCGCAUUGCGCGAUGUGGCAAAGCUUACGUCCAUCCCCGAUACAGCAUCAUCUGCUGUAUGGGAAUCCCUCAAUGAACAGACACCACAAGCAGGGCCUUCUAGUGAGGGUUCAUUGAGGUUGAAUGUGGAUGUGGAUGAGUCUGGCCCCCUCCUCCCUGGUUCCUUCAACAGACUGGCUAGCGAGGACAAUCUGUAUAGUGCCUGA